AUGGCGUCAAGGGCGCGGGCUGUCUUGCUCGCCAUCGUUUUCCUCUUCCUGGUGUAUCAAGUUGCCGCAGUGAUUCUCGAGAAGGAUAACGUCUCUAUCGGCCAGCUUACCCCUGGAGAGAUCGAGGAGAAGUUGCAGGAGUGCCCCUUGGUCCAGUCCCUGAACGCCCACAAAGUCUCCACGCACCCGCAAACCUCCAGCGUCACCUCCCGCGUCUUCUCCGUCCUCUUCCCCGGCUCGCCUGCCGUCAAUGCGCUCCUCGCAACACUUUACAUAUCUGGCCCGCCGAACUUCCUGCUCGCGCUAUGCCCCCCAAACAUCGAUCCCUCCUCGCUGAGCGUCAUGGUAGCCUUCGCCGUGGGCGGGCUUUUGGGAGACACGCUUUUCCAUCUCCUGCCUGAGAUCUUCCUUGGAGAGGUUGAGCCGGACCGCGUCAAGUUCGUCAUGGUUGAACCGAACAAGAACCUCCUGUUAGGUGUGGCCAUCAUGGUGGGCUUCGUGACGUUUGUGGCUAUGGACAAGGGGCUGAGGAUAGCGACGGGGGGCAACGGCGGGCACGAUCAUGGGCAUGGGCAUGCGCACGGCAAGAUCGAGGGAGGAGAGAAGGCCGCGGCGAGUGCUGUCGCUAGCGGGUCUGAAGUCAGAGCCAAGCAAGAGGCCGCUCGCCAGCGAAAGCCAAAUGGCACCACCACCGCCCCAGAGCCGACCUCAAUCGCAGAAAAAGAAGUCAACGCUUCAGUAAAACUAGGCGGCUACCUCAACCUGAUAGCAGACUUUACCCACAACAUCACAGACGGGCUUGCGUUGUCGUCCUCUUUCUACGCCUCGCCAACCAUCGGCGCCACCACGACCGUUGCAGUUUUCUUCCACGAGAUACCGCACGAGGUCGGCGACUUUGCUCUCCUCGUCCAGAGCGGCUUCAGUAAGCGGAAAGCAAUGGGCGCCCAGUUCCUGACCGCUGUCGGCGCUUUCCUCGGCACAUGCAUCGGUAUUGCGGUGCAGGAGUUUGGCGGCUCGAGUAGCGGUCUUGGGGCUGAGGUUCACGGUCCGGGCUUGUUUGGAACCAGUCUGCAGUGGGGCGAUAUGUUGCUACCAUUCACGGCAGGGACGUUUUUGUAUGUGGGCACGGUCGCGGUCAUUCCGGAGAUGCUGGAGACGGGCCCGGAAAAAGGUAAGGAGUUUAGGAAGACGCUGACGCAGUUCUCUGCUAUGGCUGCUGGGGCGGGGAUUAUGCUUGCGUACGUAAUCCCUCCUUGUACCCAAGAUACUUGA